CCCUGGGUGAUCGUGAACAUCGGCCGUCAGGUACCGCGAGGAGGUGACGAGAGUAGCCUUAUAGGGUAUCGUCGAUCCGACGUUCGGUUCGCUCAAAUCUACCGCGGGUUGGUGCUGAUUGGAUGGUUCGACGGGGGGCCGCCUGGGAUCAUCCAGAGCCGGAACAGCAGCGGUUCUACGACUCGCCACCGCCCCCCCGGAUGGACGCGAGCGUCGUCUGCUGUAUUACGCCCGCCGCCGUCGCCGUAUCAGCCCCCUCCUCCCAAGGGCCGGGGCCCCAGCACGUAACGCACCCAGCCGUGGGCAUACAUCCCUCCGGAGGUCUGCAGACGGCGAUAACAGAGGGACCGUCCCUCUACCAGCACGCGGACCAGAUCGUACCCGAGCGAGGACACCCCGACGACGGUCUGGCGAUGGUGCAGGCCGGGGCGACGGAUGGAUCGUGGUCCCAGAUCACGACCCCUGCACCGGUCGCCGGCCUCACCGCCACGGCCACCACCUACAUCGACUACUCUUGGCUACAGAUGCAGCAGACAUCGGAUUUGGACACGCUGCUCUGUAGACAGGAGUUGGAGCGAUUGCCAAGACUCGACGACGCGGACGACACCGAGUGCAGGGAUCCGAGGGACCACUCGGCGCAGAUGGAUGACUUCUUCGAAGUUGGCGUUGGCGGUAGCUGUAGACCCCAGGCAAGUUUCGUAUCUUCGCGAAAUCAGCCGUCUGGUAACGACGACGACGUAUUCCUGAGGCCUCCGUUAUGGGAGGAUAUAACCUCGAGUAUACAGAAGCUGGACCCCGAAAACGCUGACAUGCUAGCGUCGCAGUCCCACGUAAAGAUUGAGUCAGAGGAUGCAACAUCGCCUGCAUUGUCCUCCGUUGAAAUUAAGACCGAGCCAUUGGCACCACCUCCGCCAACGUUGCAUUUGCUCGAAGGGCCCGUCUCGAAUUCUUUGCAGAGCUUCGCCACAAGGCCGACGAAUUCCACCACGCCAAGCGGUAUUGCCGGUGGAGGAGUGGUCCAGACGCUAUCGCACAACCGGUCAACGGCGUACAAGACAUACCACUCGACAAACAAUAAUACUAUAUCAAACAAUAACAACAACAUUAGUAGCAGUACUAACACCAUGAACGCUGCCAGCAACAACAACAAUAACAACAACAACAACAACAACAACAACAACAACGAUGACGACAGCAGCAGCAGUAGUAGUAACAAUAACAACAACAACAACAAUAACAACGCUACUGUGAAUAACAACAACAACCACCACAAUAACAGCAGCAGUAACAAUAACAUCAACAAUAACAACAACGGUGCAAACGAUAACACCAACGGCCAUAGCAAUGGCGCUGACAAUAACGGCUCUCCAACGGGUUUUCACCGUAAUCAUCACCAUCAUCAUCAUCAUCAUCACAAUCAUCAUCAGCACCACCAUCACGGGAACCGUGGAAGCCACGGAAAUCCAUCGACCGGGAAUUCGGUUAGUUCAACUUUGUACGGACCAAUGACUAGACUGAUGUACGUGUCGCCUUUGACGCCACCAAUUUCGGAUCCUGGUUCACCCCUCGGAGGACCUCCACGGAGGACACCACCUCCUCCGUACCCCCAGCCAACGAUACUCAAUCCAAGGAUCCAGCCGCAGCACAUUACGAAAUUCAACCGGCGAAAUAAUCCUGAACUUGAGAAACGGCGAGUUCAUCAUUGUGAUUUCAUGGGAUGUACAAAGGUCUACACGAAAAGCUCCCACCUUAAAGCACAUCAGAGAAUACAUACCGGUGAAAAGCCGUAUCAAUGCCAGUGGCCAGAAUGCGAGUGGAGAUUUGCCCGCAGCGACGAAUUGACGCGUCACUACCGAAAGCACACCGGAGCCAAGCCAUUCAAAUGUGCCGUUUGCGAACGUUCGUUCGCGCGCAGUGAUCACCUUGCUCUUCACAUGAAACGCCAUCUCCCAAAACAGCAUGCCAAGUGAUAGCCGUGGUAUGAGAAACGGAAUGGUAUCAUCCAUAUUGUGUCGCAUUACAGAAGUAUAAGGAACUUGGAAUAAGGUGCCUCCCGUUGUAUCCGACAGCUGCGAUUAGGCUACAUAACAACCACCGACGUGGGAUUGGGCUGCGGCGCAGCCGACGAGUAGCAAACUCUUCGUACCGAAGAACCUUAUCCGGCACUACACAGUACAUCGUACAUACCUGUACCUAAUAUUAUACGCAUUGUGCCUUAUAAAACGGUCACUAUCGCCGGGCCAAGUGUUGGGGUAUCACUCGAUCCGCACAUAUGGAGACCGUUGGGUGCCAGUAUAAUUACACAAGCUUCGAAACUUAUUAUGUGUACAUGUACGUACACGUAUACACGCCGAUUUUCGGUUUUAGUCGAGUGACUUUACAGUGGUUUGGAGUGACUCCACUUGCACGCGCCUUCUUGUUAUUAGUGACACCAACUAUACACAUAUACACAUCACAGUAGUCGCUUUAUAAUUAGGGUGCUACAGUAGAAACUGAAUCGCCACACACUACGUAGGCACAAUAAUAUUACCCUUGACGCCGCGCGCAGAAUUCCCUUCGGAGGGCUUGGGAAUAUGAUGAUCGAUCAAAACCAAGUGGAGAGAUUCGUGCAUCUUAUGAUGAUGUACCUAUUGGAUAUGAUAUUUUAUCGGGUGAUAUCUAUUUCGAUAAUCAAAAAUGGAUAGAUCAAGGAACAGAUUGUAAAUUAGAUGUAUAACGUUAUUAGAUCACUUUCCAGUUAUUAUCGAUAAGUCAUUUUUCAUCUCGUGAUAAUCUGAUAAAGGAUUCUUUAUUUUUAAGAUUCAUUUUUUUUUUUUCUUUUUUUUCCCCUUAUAGAAAAGCAUUUAGCUGUUUUUGAUCAAGGAAAAUCCACAUGAGAGUAAUUAUUACACUGAUCCUGUUUAUUAUAUGAUGUACUACGCUAGUCAAGUUACCAAAGUUUACCAAGCCCCGUCGACCGUAAUUCUGUAAAAAUUUCCAAGCCCGCGGACAAAACAAGCUGAAUAUCAAAAUAACUGUCUUUACGACGCAUUCUCGGUGGUCAAAGUGAUAAGAGUGUAUAGGUAUAUAUUAUACACACCUACAGAAACAUGUGCGAAAUAUGUAAAUAUUAUAGGUAUACAUAUACACGCGAUUUCCUCGAAUAGGAGCGACGUACCGAUAUUAUACCAGCAAUAUCUCGCAUAUCGCAGGGAACACGUGAUUUUCUUUUCAAUUCCUGAAGCAGAAAAAAUAACUGGCAUAUUCAACUUAACAACUGUAUUAUUGUAUUCAUAUGUAGAAUGAAGGUAUAAUGUGCAGAUUGUCCCGAGGUGGCUAAGUUUGUCGUGCCGCUAUGUACAAAUCAAUUAGAAGUUCAAGCGGAGUGCCGUACAUAAUGUUGUUAUAAGAAAUCUAUCCACAACUACGCACUUGCAUUCGUAGCUGAUAGUA